AUGAAGUACUCCUUCCUAUCCCAAACCAACCGGAAGGCAAUUUUUACCAUCAUAGCCAACUACAUAAACUUGUCACAGUAUGAGCUGGCUCGGUCACUACUACACCAUCUGGUGGUUAAGUGCUUGUUGACGGGGGAUGACUUCACGAGGGGCAGCAGAAGGGGUAGCAAAGGAAGCAGCAAAAGGGACAGCAAAAGGGACAGCAAAAGGGACCUCUCGAGAGAGGAGAAGGUCUACUACUUAAAGAAGACUAUCAAGUUCAUGAGAAGGUUUUUAACUUAUGGCUGCUCUCCUCUGCAGAUUUUCUCAAAGGAGCAAUCCAGUGCACACUUCCUACUCAAGGUGGCACGGGACUACAACCGGUUUGUUGAUUUGAUACUUCGGAACCUACUAAACUCUGGGGUGAGGAAUGGACACCUCGCAGCUCAACCAUGGAGAAGCGUCCCGAGACUGCCCCGCCAGAUUCGUUCCCUCUUGAGAAAGAAGUAUGUGCCUAAGCAGCUGCAGAGGAAAAUUGCCUUCGACGCUCUUCUGGCAACCAUAGUUGUGCACAGAGAAUACUACCUCUGCGCAUUCGAAGACCCCUCGUUUUUUUCCUUUUCACUGGAUACAGUGCAGUGUCUAAGGCGGAUAUAUUAUCUGCACCUGAAGGCGGGGGAGCUGCUCUUGGGAAGGGGGAAGCGCGGACGGAAGUCCGGACAGAAGCGGAGACAGAAGCGGAGAAACAGGCGGGACUGCAAUCGGGGACAAUGGCACCUCCUGGACUUAUUUAACCGCAUUGUGCCGUUCAACGCGCCAACCGGAGGACGUCCUCCCCAGGAAAAGAGCACCCCCCCCAUGGAUAACUCUCCCAACAGAAGAGCAAAACAGUCUUAUCGUCUAAAAGUGAGAGAAACAGAUCAGCUACAUAAAAUAGACGAGCUCGUUCUUCAGAGCUGCAGAGUGGUGUAUGGUGAGAAGGACCACCGGGUCAGACCCAGUGUCAAUGUAGUUUCGCCAAACCGUGAAAGUAACAAUGCAAAGAAGGAAAACAAAGAGAAAGGAACCCCAUCCAUGCACAUAAUAUAUAUCCCCCCGCUUCACAUCAUUAAUAAGGCGCCCAUAUAUAAUUACAUAAACACCUUUGAAGAAGAGACACAUUAUUUUUUGCAACACAACGUUGUGACUUCACUUUAUCGGGAGGUUUUCUACCUGGUGUUUUUUCUCCCUGCCCUAGCCGUCCAGCUACUUAAGACCUUGUGUCUAAAUCAGUCCUUUUUUGAUUUCCUUCUGAGUCUUCUUUUUCUUUCCAAUUGGAGUCACUCCGUGGGUAGCAAUUAUUUGCAGGAUAGAUCAGAUGGCACCCCAUCAUUGGGGGCAGCUCGCGAAGAGGGUGUUUCCAUGCAGAUUAGGGAAAGCGCCACGAAAGGACGGAACCCCAUCAAGGAGGACGUACCACUCGAGACAGAGGCGGAGACGGAGACACAGGCUGAAACGAAGACAAAAACGAAGACAAGGGAGGAGACGUUACUCACCCUAGUGAGAAAAAAAGAAAAAAAACAGAAACAUAUUGAUAAAAAAUUGAUAAAAAAUUGCUACUUCAUAUUUAUGCAGCUAUACUACGGUAUAGUUAACAUCUACAUGGAUGUCUUGGUGGAAAAGUUAAAAAGAAAGGACUUGGUGAAUUACUACAAUUUUUUAUACCUGCUCAAGUUUAACCACAUUUUUGUGAACAACGUUUUUUUCUUCUCCCUUUGCUUUGCAAAUGUGGGGUGUGUCACAGGUGGAGAAUCCACCAGGGAAGAUACUCACUGGAGAGAGUACCCACUUGACUCAUCUGAUCACACCAAUGUAAGGAUCAACAGGGGGGAGAAACACCUGAGAAUCAACCCCCCAAAGAAUCUCCAUCUCGCUCAAAAGGCUCUGCACAAAGUUUACGAUUGGCUGGUCCUCCUCGUCUUCCACUACAACGGUGACGAAGGCGCAGUUCACCACUUUGGCCACUGUCCGGAGUACCCACCAAACAGAGAGAAGUGGAAUCGGAAGCAGAAGAAGAAUCAAAACAGAGAGGAUGUCACCUUUUACAAAAUCCUCCUCAGGGGAGUCGUCCUCCACCUACCCAUUAAUUACUCACACAUACGAGCCAUCUUUUUUUUUUACCUCCAUCAAAUGAGAGAUAAAAGGAAAGAAUGGACGAUCCAAAAUGCUAAUCACAAGAAGAGCGUCAUUUAUGAUAUACUUAUGUCUACGAACACGUUUCGCUGUUCCGAUGAAGGCCUAGUUGUCAAUGUACUUCUUCACCUGUUCAACUAUGCAGACGAUCUGUACUGUCGCUGGGUGCACACGAGCGUCCUGUACUCUCACGUGAUGUACUCUCUCGUGCACAGUGGGGGGAAGGAGGAUCUCCUGUCUUGUCUCAACACCUCACGGAUUAGGGGCGUCCACUUCCUCGGCUACCUGUUCGACCUCUGCGAAGCGCAUAUGGCUAGCCACGAGUUCCUCCAUCUGGACAGACUACUUCACAACUUUAAGGCGCUCAAAAACCUCUGCGUGCUGUUCUGCCUGGAGAAUGCCAUGGAUGUCCACGUGAAACGAAAAUGCCUCUCAGAGAUGAAGGCCAGUAGGAACAAUCUGUACCUUUACAACUACAUAAAAGACAUGAAGGUGAGAGUGAGGAUCUCCUCCCAUCACUACCAUUUGCACAAACAGAAGAGGACAGUAAACCACGGAUCGCAGGAACACAGAUUAACAGAGAAUGAGCUUUUUCUCGCACUCAAGCAGUCAUCCAGUGCCGCUUUACUCAAUCAGCUCAACCUGCUGCCGCAUGUUGGAUACUCCUUUCUCGCGAAAAUGGCACAGAUGGGUCGGUGUAACAUUAAGAAUGACCUGUACAGGCGGGAAACAAGAAUGAAUACGAACUUCCUCCUUUUUUACGCAUCAAUGAGGAGUGUCUUUCUCUGCCUGCAGGGGCGCAGAAACGUGGAGCAGAUCAGGACCUACUACAAACUAAUAAGCUACCGAGAGUGCCGCGUAAAAGCCCUCCUCUACAUAACUGUCCUCCUCUUCCAGUGCAUACACAGUAGACAGGAAGGGAUGAAGCCAAAGCUGUUCAUGUGGACUAUACACUUUCUGUCACAUAAGCUGAGAUCCAUCAAGGAAGACAAAUCUCUCUUUUUAUCCAACUUGAAAUGUUUGUUAAUGCAAAUUGUAUGCGAUGUGUAUGUCCGUCUGUUUGUCUUCAUCCAAAAGUGUAGAGGCAUACAUGUGAAGUCAAGAAACGGAAAAAGCGGGUUCAGACGGGUUCUAAGUGAUUCCUACAGAUUGUGCAUGAGGGGCAGGGAAGAUGCAGAAAAAGCAGCGCUGUACCAGAUCGGAGAAUAUUCCAAUGAAGGGGGUAAUCAGAAGGAAGUACUACAAAUGGGAGGUAGUAAGGACUCUGCUGAGGGGGCAAAAAAACUGGGCUUAUUUGAGCGCCCUGUAUCUGCCACCCCACAGGGAAAAAUAUCGCGUCAACGGAUAGGACCCAUGCUGCCAUCCACAAGAGGAACAGCAGAACGGAUUCUGGUGAGUCACCUAAUAGGAAAAGUAAAAAGAAUUUCGUCCUUCAGAGUUCACACCAAAGGGACGUCUAAACGGAGUGGCGCACGGAGAAGGGGAGGCUCCAUCUUCAAUUUUGUAGUUAUGGUGGAGAGGUGCCUGAGAAGGAAGAAGCUCCGUAGAAGGAAGGCAGUGAGGCGCUCCUCCACCAGGCGGAUACUACCCUUGGGUGCUCUGCAUAGAGGGAAUGCGCCCUUCGAAAGUGCUGACUUCAACAUCGCCGACUUCAAGACCGCCGACUUCGGGAGGUACUUCCUGGAACUCAUGUGCAGCGAUCCGCAGGAGUAUCUCUAUAGGAACGUUGCAGACGGGAGGAACAAUCAUCUGAACAUGUUCAUAUUCUUUAUAUACAGAAAUCAGGUGUCCAAAAGCUCGUUGCAGAACCUGUUGCACUACCUCGAAUUGAACACACUCUUUAAGAGCCUGUACAUGGGUCAGCCUAUAUUGUCAUGGUGCAGGAGAGGAGAGACCACACUUCAGAAGAAGUCACUCACCCCCUUUUUCCAAAUGAUGCUUUUUUACUAUGAGAAAUACAGAUGGAACGAGGUGAACAAGUAUCUCUUGCCGAAUAGCUGUGGUAUCGACUUGUUCUCUCUUUAUAACUUUCUGGACAUGUGCGUGUCGUGCUCGAACACGGUGGAGAGUGGGGCGGCCCUGCUGCGCUUCGUGAGGAGAAGGAUACGCAGGGGCAGUGCCCUAAGCGGGAAGACACGUGCCGAAGUGAAUGGAAAGACGCGUGGCGAUGCGCCUUCCCCCGCCGCGCGCCUGGCCCACUUCCUCCUCUGCUUCGUCGACCGGCUGCACGUGCUCAUAAGCAUAAAAAACAGGCCCUCCUGGGGGGAAAGAAAUAGGGAAAACCAGAAUGGGUGGAAACAACAAAGAACAGAAACACCCCCCUCGAGGAAGGCACCACGGAUGGUGAAACCAGUGCUUCUAAACAAGUACCUGCUGCUGAAGUGUAACUCUCUAAAGGUGCAAUCCAAAUUGAUCGAAAAAUAUUUCGUGGACCUGUACAAGAGAAAGCACUUCCUAAAGGACAUGUUCCUCAGAUUCAAUAACUUAAAAAGGAAGAAAAAAAAAUACAUAAACGUUAACUAUGAAGAGAUGAACAAGUGUCUGGAUAAGUACUGCCACCUGCUGCUAGAGAAUGACGAAGGGGUUACCAUCAAUUAUCUGUUUUUUUUUUUUCUUUACGCAAAAAUCCUUAUUAAAUAUGUGCACAACUCAAUGGAGGAGAGAUCACCGCAGAAAAGCUUUUACCAGUUCGCUUCCCAGUCCAAGGACAAUUUCUCCGACUCUCAAAUUGUGUAUGAAAAGGGGGGGAUCAACUACAACCUAUUUUUCAUUCUAACAAUAAAUGUAGACAGGCUGAUAAAAUUCGCUCUUUUCCUGCGUAACUCCUUUGGCAAUGCCAGGAGGAUGUGUUCUCUCUUCUUUAUUCAUCACCACAGUGUACUCGUCCAGAAUAUUGCAACUCAGUGUUGUAUGAAAAAUACGUUUCCUGUGUUUCUGUUUGAUUGGGGGAAGAACUCACCAGAUAGAAUCUUCACGCCGUCUUUUGUCCGCACAGAUACGCCAAAUACAGAGGGGACUGCUCGGAAAUCCCCAUUAGGGCGUAACUACCUGGAAGAGAAAUGUGCUGAACAACCUGAGGAGAAGUACCUAACGGGAGAGUUCCUCUUUCUCCUUACGGAUGUCGUUGGGGCACUGGAGCAGGUGAAGCGAAGAGUGGCUCCCCCCGAGGGAAAACAAAGGAAGAAAAAAACGUGCAAGUUGAAGCUACUCCUUUUGAAGUACGUCCAUCACGCGAUUGACACACAGGAGGGGGUACCAUCAGAUGGGCAAAUGGGACCACCUCGACGUAGAGGUAACCCUGCUGAGAUGUCCCAGCAGAUCUCCCAGGAGAUCUCCCCUGAGCAGCAUCUUUGUAGCUCGAAGAAGCACUGCCCUGAUGACAACCCCAGCAUGGAAGACAAAGAUGAGCUAAUAAAUCUGUUCAUAUGCCUGGAAAAGUGCGACCACUACUUCCCAUUUAUUUUUAACACCCUCUAUGGAUAUGUCUUCUCAGCCAAGUACAAUUUUUUGAAUAGACUCCUCGUGGAGAGGUAUAGCACUAUUAAGAAGAUUUUCUGGAUCUGUCACAGGGAGAGGGGGGCCUCGACGAACAGCGUAUUGGAGGCGGUUAGCCAUGAUAGUGAUGUUAGCCAUGUUAGCAGCGCUGGCCGAGGGGUGGGUGUCUACUGGCUCAAGUACAACGACUUGAAACACCUGAACAGCUUCACGAAGUGCCUCCUCUACGCGGCCAUCUUCGACAACCAGCAUAACAUGGACUGUCUUCAUCUGUACCAGUUGGUGAAGGCACCCAAGGGGGAGGCAACCGUGGGACUUAACACGGAGAAGCUGCAAACGAACAAGCUAAACACGUUUUACGCCCCCCUUUUGGGUAAAAUGCACAAUACCUCCAGCGAGGAAGCUUCCAAUAAUCCAUUUAAAUCAAAAAGGGAAACAUUUAGUGCACCUGGCACCUCUCCCAAAAAGGAACAACUCUUGACAUACCUCCUCAGCGAGACAACCCCUCUGGAGAGUCUUCUCGAUGUCGUCGUAGAUUUAUUCAUGGAGGAUCACGACACAUUGAGUAGGAUGACUUUGCAAGAGGUGAUCCUAAUCGUGAAUACAACCUAUUGUAGGUGCCAAGAAUUUCGAAGGAAACACGAGGUCAUCUUCGUGGAUACCCUCCGCAACUGUGACGAGAUCGACUGCUACACUUUUGGGAGACUCCCAAACAGCCUGCCUGUGAAUGUUGCCAAGGUGGGUGUCUACGUGAGGGCGCUUCAUAUGGUCAGGAAGGUGCAGCGGGUCCUCACUGAGGUAAGACUCCACACUGCAAGGAUUCCUCAAAGUGGAGACCCCCAUAAACCAGUCCACCGCUUCAUAACACAACGCACCCACUGGGUGAGGAUCCUCAAAGCGAUUCUGACCGAACCAAUGGGGGAGAAAGACACGCUGCAAUUCAUCACGCAAAAUAGGCUAUUCAAACAUGCCCCCUUUCUCCUCAAUUACAAAUUGGGUCCAAUCACCAGCGUGUCCAAAAGGGAGAUGAUACUAAGACUGCAGAGAAAAUGCAACGCAGCUUACAUUGUACAUCUCUGGAGGAGCAACAAUCUGAGGAAGAAAAAAAAAAUUAUUUCCUUUUUGAAGAAUCUAGAGGGGGAAAAGGAAGUCAAAACUUUACUAAGCAGUGUACUAUACGAUCCAGACAACCAUGACAUGCAACACUUCUUUUCCUUCAUCCUUCCCCAUUUUGAGACAACCUUCGUGAAGAAGUACUACCUGUUGGCAUUCGUUUCGCACUCCUUGCAGUUGCAAUCAGUGCGAAAAAUGAAACUGAGGGAACUUAUUCUUUCACUUCUCUGGAGGGAUAAGUUAGACUUAAUUAGAUUCAUCCUCAGGAAUGACCUGUACAGACCUAGAUUGCACACUAUCUUUCGUUACGCCUUUUUGUACAUUCAUCUUGAUUGUUCCAAGUGUUUUUCCUCCGAGGGUGGACUUUGGAAAGAGCAUCCAACGAGGAGGAAACACUUCGGAGAAGAGACUCACCAAGAGAACGCCCUUCCCUACAGCUUGUCGAAAUGUUUAUACGUUUUGGAGCUGGCUGUGUUGAUCCGUGGAGAAUACAAUGCGCAGCUUGUGUACGCCACGUUUCUCCGCGUCACACAGGAGCUUUUCGACCGGGUGUGCCACCGCAUGUGUGACCGGAUGUGUAACCGGGUGUGCGACCUGAUGUUUCCUCGCUUGCCGGGGGAGAACGCCCUCAACAGCUGCGUAAAACUGAAAAAGCUGCACCAAGUGAAUCGUCCCGUGAGCGUCAAUGGGAAGGAGACGUUGCCACAUGGGAAGUUCAAAAAGAAGUUCAGCCUGUUCGGCCAGUUUUUUCACAAACACCUCAACGCGAACCGGGUUAAGACAAAGGGGAAGGGCGGAAAUGAAGCAUACAUCAGGCAUUAUAAUAUCAUUAAAUCGGAGGAAUCACCACAACGAAGAUGCAACCAGAACAGUGGAGGAAAACCCCAAAUGGGCAUAAACAUCCUUAUGUAUACCUUCUAUAAAGUAUGUUUCUUCUUUUACGCAAACUACAGAGAAGUGAGAAGAGAAAGCAACCUUCUGUGUAUAUUGCUUCCUAUGCUGAUAUAUGUGCAGACGUGCCUACGGUUCCGAGUGCACCUAAAGUCAGUCAUGAAGCUUGACAUAAAAGAUCUGAUUGAUUUGCUAAAGGUGAAGAACUUCAAUCUGUGUAACCAACUGAUCCAUAGAAUCUAUUCUUGCUACAUCUAUGAUGUUAACUCCUUUGGCGUGUUAGGAGAACCCACUUUGUUCUUCCCCUUGGCUAGCUCAAAACGAGGAUUCAGAAAAUACAAAAUGGUGAAAAAUAUCGUGUCAUUGCUUCGAUGCGGAGAAGAAGACAUCCCCAGAGGAGUGCUACCCUUUAAGAAGUUCAACAACUUUUAUGUUUAUAGGUACGCCCACGCGACGUGUGUGUAUAGGCAGUUCGUGGAUGAGGCAGGAGUUGUGGCCCGUGAGUUGAGGGCCGACCAAACAAGAGAACUAUCUCAAAGGGAUGCUUCGAAGCGCAGUAGAAUGAGAUGCAAGGGAGCGAACGCGCUGAAUGAAGAACACCUGUUGCGGAAGGUGCAGCGGCUCCACUUCAGCGUGCUCGCCUUCUACAUGGCACUCUUGUCCAAGUGCAACAUGGACCUGUACUUGUCUCUGAAUCUAUUUUUUUCCUUUCGCUGCACGUACCACUGCUCUAGCAAUGUUUACAAGAAAUACAGGAAGUUACUCUCCUACUUUGCCAAUGUGAAUGUACAUAAGGGGGUGAAAGUCUUGGGGAGGAUGAAUAAUCACAUGGGGAUAAAUGAGUUGCCGACUUAUAAACUGCUGAGGAGGAGAAGUAGUAGGAGUAGCAGUAACAGCAGCAGCAUUGACAAAGCUGCCCGAAGACAUGACCCAGGGGUGAUAUACAAAAUGGUCCUCCAAGUCAGCUCUGGAGGCGGCAUCCACCCCUGGAGGGGUUACACCUAUUUGGGACACAUGCGGCUCGAAGUAAAAAAGAGGGACUCACUCUCGAAGGGAGCAGCUCCCUCUGUUACUUAUCAUCUUGUUAGAAGCGAUGAUGUGGCUUUGUUCCACCAGGGAUUUGUUCCCAACCGGAGUGAAAACCUUCUUCCUUCUUCCAGACUAAACCGAAGGGACUUACUCUCUGAUGGCACCUUCGACUUCUCUGCACGGACCAUUUACUCUCCAUCCGCCUCGAUCUACGUCAGAAGGCACCUCCUCACCAGAGUAGUUUUCUCCUAUUUAUACAGCUACCACAAUGAUGUGAAUUUUGGAGGGGAAUGCCGAGAUAUUCAAUCGGUAGGAGGCCUCACACAGAAGCAGCUCCUUCUAUAUGUCAUUGGGCAUAUAGGUAACCCCUAUGUGGUCAUCGACAAAGGGGUGCAUCCCGUGGAGCAGUGCUCAGUAGAUCUAGGAGGCUGUCCAGUACGUCCAAGUGACUUCCCACAAACAGCAGGAGAAGGCACCAAAAUAGGGACAAUCAAUUGGGGCCAUAAAAAAAGGAAGAGACUCCUCAUUGGUGGGAUAAACAUGAUGAGGAAGGAUGACCAGUCACGAGUAAACCAACUUAGGAACAAACAAAAGACCUUCACAUUUUCAACUUACUUAAGACAGAAGAGAGUGGAUCGAAAUAUGAAUCUGUUAGCCCAAAAAUUGGAACUUUUCCAAGAGUACAUAAAAAUGAUACACAACGAUUCUUUGCAGAGACCUGUGUUGGAGUUCUUCUCAUCCGUUCAGUUGGCUAAUCACUAUGAGCGCUUCUUCCAUGAGAUGGAUGCCUCCUGUUCAUUCCCUCUGUGCUAUGCACACCCGAGCAGCAACUUAGCUUUGUCCGCUCAGUACUUUAAGAAGAGCUUCCAGGAGGUGUGUGCAGAUAUGGCUCUCUCUAAAUGUAAGGGGCGGGUUGAUGGCGGAACCUGUGCGGGAAAAACAAGGAACUUCCUCUUCGUCAUGUCCCUGUUGUUGCCUCAUGGCUCUCGGUGCCUGCGGCUACCAAGUUACAACCUAGCCAAGUGUGACCGCGGCCGGCUGUCCCUCCUGAGGAGCUACUUUUCGCCGGACAUCCUCCUCAGCGUUUGCGCCAAGAGUGACCUGUACAAGAACUGCUUCAGGAUCAUCCGAAAGAAGGGAGCGUCCAGUGCACAGUUCAGCCGCAUCAUCAAGAGGGCGUGCAGACACAACUACAUUUACAAAGCCUUCCAGAACGCGUCUCUCCUCGAGGACCCCUGCUUCCAGCGCGAAAUAAAUUGCCACUUGCUGCGGCACCGAAUGUACGCCCUACUCUACAACUACCUGGUUUUUUCAGGAGACUACCUCAAUGCGGUCAUACUCUGCGUACACAACUACUCCAUCGCGCAAAACACGGAUACACAAAAUGGCUACUUGAACAGCGCCCUCGUGAACCUCACCCUGAUCACUAACACGUUUAAGGGCUCCAAGAUGAAAGCUACCUCCACACGGCAACUUCCCCACGAACCCCUUAUAAUGUCUAACAACGGCCGCCGUCACAAAGGGAGCAGAAAAUUUUAUCGCCCCAGCAAUUUUAACAUCCUUUUUGGAGAGACACAGAAGGGGCUGAAUCAUCAGGUCUCUAUUGACACGAUACACAGAUGCAUGGACCUCAUAACCCUACAACAGACAUUGCUGAACGCCCAGUUGGGUUACCCAGUGAACAUCAUUAACUGCAAACGAGCGGAGAUCUCCCUGUGCAUACAGAUCUUAGUUUACAAGAAAAAGUACAAUCUGGCAGACAACGUUAUUAAUGUGUAUCAGUGGGAUUACACCUUCACGUACUGCCUGGCUUGUCUUUUCUGCAUCCUGUUGGAAAAGAACUUCUCCUUCCUUGACGAUAUCAUCCAUUACGUUAAGAUAAAGCUGAACAAUGAGGACAUGAAUAUGUUCCUUCUCCACGUCGUGCACUUGUUUUUGGAGUACCGCACCAAGUGGAGGCAUGUCUACGAACAUGUGAAGCGGCUGUACAGUGGCCGUCAGAAGGGGAGAGCUCUGCAGAGGGACAACCUGUGGGAGGAGACCAAUGGAGAUCAGCCUCGCGAGCGACCUGACGAAACAGAUGCUAAUCAUCGUACCGACGAGAAAUCCAACCAGCCAUCCCACGGGCGUGACUUCCUCCGCGACGCGCUGUUCCACAUCACCGACAACGACUGCCUCUUCUACGCGCACACCCUCCUCUUCAUACACGACAAGCAGCAGUACGCAAGCAUCCUCAAAAAUAUGAAGCGCCUCCUAUUCAGUAACAUCUGCAAAAAUGACAUUUACAAGACAAUUAUUGGGGCAUACAAGUUUCUCCACCAGGAUCGACGGAUGAACUUCAAUUUGAUUCACGCGAAUAGGAGAUCCUUUAAGGAGGCUUCUGCCCGCAGGAUGAGCUUAACGCGCUUUGGUCGCAUUGACGAGGGCUGCAACAUAGGGGAGCACUCCAACACAAGCGAGGACGGCAACUUUGCACAGCUCAUGUCGCUGGCCAGGAAGUAUCCGGACAACCUAAAGGAGAACAUUACGCGGGAAAUUCUGGCAAUUCGGGGUGUAGUGGUGUAG